AUGUGUGAGAGCAGACUGCAGAUGAAACUAGUAGGUGACCGAAUAGAAUUACAAAUUAUCCAAUUACCUAAUGAACCUGGGGUCGGUCUCGGAUUCGGAAUUGUUGGCGGAGCAUCGACAGGUGUCGUUGUCAAAACUAUUCUUCCGGGAAGUCCGGCCGAUAAAGGAAAGGAAUUGAGGCCUGGAGACCAUAUUUUAAAAGUAGGUGCAGUUAAUGUUCAAGGCAUGGGUUCUCAACAAGUAGCAACAAUUCUUCGCCAGCAAGCAGGCACUGUUGAACUGGUAGUCGGUAGACAACCUUCAGCAAAAGAAUCACCACCAGAAGUACCAAGUAAGAACAUUUGCAAAAAUUUUUGA